GAUGAUAAAGUUUCUACUACAGGAGGAACACGGCAGUUUUACACACACAGAGCUUCGUCUUCUUUACGAAUGAUACUUUCGUCAUUUUCUUCGGGACACAGAUCAAAGAACAACCAACGAACAUUACGUAAAAUUAAUGUAAAUGAGUACAGUCGAAGGCAACGAACAACACCGUGAAACGAUGCAAGAUAUCUACCUUGUUACACUUGGUUGCUACGCGGUUGGGACGGAGUUGCGCGGAAGACGAAAAUGAAAGUGGGGCGCAGGAUGUCCGAGUGGGGAUGGCAGUUUGCGCGCGGCAGUGGUUGAGUUAGGGUUGUCGAAGUGUAUUUUUGUCCGUGGUGACAUAUUAACACGUUUGCUACCAGUGUUCAUAUAUAUUCACGUGUACCAGGAUCUCGUGUUUCAGUGAAAGCGAAUAGAAAUGAGUCUCGUGCAUUUGAUCUCGAGUCGCCGCGUAUAGGGUAACGUUUAGUAGCUCGGCGGCUCUCUCUCGUCGGAUCCCUCAGAUCCUUGGCGAAAAUGACGCGCCGAAUUGAAUGAAAUUCACCGUCAACAUGAAGGCAGUAACAGAGUUAAGUAUUGGUAGCGAUCGUGUUAAUAUCUGGUUCUAGUGAUGGAAUUUUUAUGAAGCAUCGUAAUUGACCGUACACGCGACGCGAUAUCCGUUCACCGUGCAAGAAGACAACGAGCAGGGUAUAUGCGUGAUCAUGGGAAUCCUGAAGGACCUUGGCCGUUGUCGGCCCUCCAAUUUCCUGGAGACCAGUGGUGUCAGUGACACCAGAGAAUAAUAGGAGCUGCUAACUUUAAGAAGCACAGUAGAGUUGGCUUAGGCCAACCUUGGUGGACGAGGCGAAAUGGCAACAAUAGAUGGCCGACCGGCCCAAUAUGGUAUCAGUCUUAAGCAACUUCGUGAGCUUAUGGAGCUCCGAGGACGUGAAGGUGUCAAUAAAAUCAAUAGCUAUGGUGGUGUGCAGGAGAUUUGUAAAAAACUAUAUACUUCACCCAGUGAAGGUCUCAGUGGAUCAGCAGCGGAUAUCCAACAUAGACGAGACACAUUUGGUUCGAAUCUAAUACCUCCAAAACCACCAAAAACGUUUCUACAGUUAGUGUGGGAGGCUUUGCAAGAUGUUACGUUAAUCAUCUUGGAAGUAGCAGCAUUGGUUUCGUUAGGUCUUAGCUUUUAUCAGCCAGCAGACGAAGAGGAAACACCUUCAAUCGAUGAGGAUGAAGCAAAGUAUGGUUGGAUAGAAGGACUUGCUAUAUUGAUUUCUGUGAUUGUGGUGGUAUUAGUAACAGCUUUCAAUGAUUAUUCGAAGGAAAGACAAUUUAGAGGCCUCCAAAGUCGAAUAGAAGGGGAACAUAAAUUCUCUGUUAUUCGGCAAGGGGAGGUGAAACAGAUAUCUGUGUCAGAUAUUGUUGUUGGUGACAUAUGUCAGAUAAAGUAUGGAGACUUGCUGCCAGCAGACGGUAUCCUUAUACAAAGUAACGAUCUGAAAGUGGAUGAAUCUAGUUUAACCGGAGAAUCGGACCAUGUUAAAAAAGGAGAAUCGUUCGAUCCGAUGGUACUCUCUGGUACUCACGUAAUGGAGGGCUCUGGAAAAAUGUUAGUAACCGCGGUAGGCGUUAAUUCACAGGCUGGUAUUAUCUUUACUUUGUUGGGUGCUGCCGUUGAUCAUCAAGAGCAAGAAAUCAAGAAAAUGAAGAAAGGAGACGAAGCCGCUGAGAUCACCGGGAACAGCCACGUGAGCAGCGGAGGAGGGAAACCGGAGUCCGGAGAGAAUCACCAGCCUGCCAGCGGCGGCGGCGGCGGAGGUGGUGAAACGAAGAAAGAGAAGAGCGUUCUCCAAGCCAAGCUAACUAAACUCGCCAUACAAAUCGGUUAUGCCGGCUCGACCAUAGCAGUGCUUACCGUUGUCAUUCUCGUCAUUCAGUUCUGCGUGACGACGUUCGUUAUAGAGGGGAAACCUUGGAAGAAUACGUACGCCGGUGAUUUGGUGCGGCAUUUGAUCAUUGGUGUGACAGUACUGGUAGUCGCCGUUCCCGAAGGUCUUCCUCUAGCAGUCACGUUGUCUCUCGCUUAUUCCGUUAAGAAAAUGAUGAAAGACAACAACCUGGUGCGUCACUUGGACGCCUGCGAAACGAUGGGCAACGCAACGGCGAUCUGUUCAGACAAGACUGGCACCCUGACAACCAACCGGAUGACCGUCGUCCAGUCGUACAUAUGCGAGAAGAUGAGCAAAACGAUCCCGAAGUUCUCGGAUAUUCCGAGUCACAUCGGAAACCUGAUCGUCCAAGCGAUCUCCGUGAAUUCGGCGUACACAUCCAGAAUAAUGCCCGCGCAAGACCCUACAGAGUUGCCGCUUCAGGUCGGCAAUAAAACCGAAUGUGCCUUACUUGGAUUCGUAGUAGCCCUGGGCAUGAACUAUCAAACGGUACGGGACGAUCAACCGGAGGAAACCUUCACGCGGGUGUACACGUUCAAUAGCGUUAGGAAGAGCAUGUCCACUGUUAUACCGAGAAAAGACGGUGGAUAUAGGCUCUUCACCAAGGGCGCUUCCGAGAUCAUCAUGAAGAAAUGUGCCUUUAUAUAUGGUCGCGAAGGUCAUUUGGAGAAAUUUACCAAAGAGAUGCAGGAGCGUCUGGUAAAGAAUGUAAUCGAGCCAAUGGCGUGCGACGGGCUUCGUACCAUCUCCAUUGCUUACCGCGACUUCGUUCCUGGCAAGGCAGAGAUCAAUCAAGUUCACAUCGACAACGAUCCGAAUUGGGACGACGAGGAGAAUACGGUGAACAACCUGACGUGUCUGUGCAUCGUCGGCAUCGAGGACCCGGUGCGGCCCGAGGUGCCGGACGCGAUCCGGAAGUGUCAGAAGGCCGGCAUCACCGUCAGGAUGGUGACGGGCGACAACAUAAACACGGCGAGGUCGAUCGCCCUGAAGUGCGGGAUCCUGAAGCCGAACGAGGACUUCCUGAUCCUCGAGGGGAAGGACUUCAACAGGAGGAUCAGGGACAGCAACGGGGAGGUGCAGCAACACCUGUUGGACAAAGUGUGGCCGAAGCUGAGGGUGCUGGCCAGAUCGUCGCCCACGGACAAGUACACACUGGUCAAAGGGAUAAUCGACAGUAAAGCGACCGUGAGCCGGGAGGUGGUCGCCGUCACCGGCGACGGUACCAACGACGGACCCGCGCUGAAGAAGGCGGACGUCGGUUUCGCGAUGGGCAUCGCCGGCACCGACGUCGCCAAGGAAGCUUCCGAUAUCAUUUUAACGGACGAUAAUUUCUCCUCGAUCGUGAAGGCGGUUAUGUGGGGUAGAAACGUCUACGAUAGUAUAGCGAAGUUCUUGCAGUUUCAGCUGACGGUGAACGUCGUCGCUGUUAUAGUUGCUUUUAUCGGGGCGUGCGCCGUGCAAGACUCGCCCCUUAAAGCGGUGCAGAUGUUGUGGGUGAACUUAAUCAUGGACACGUUAGCGUCCCUCGCACUGGCCACCGAACUGCCUACGCCCGAUCUCCUCCUCCGCAGACCGUACGGUCGCACGAAACCGCUCAUCUCCAGGACAAUGAUGAAGAACAUCCUUGGUCAAGCCGUCUAUCAGCUGUCCGUUAUUUUUAUGCUUCUUUUCGUUGGUGACAAGAUGCUAGACAUCGAAACUGGCCGAGGGGUAGCGCAGGCUGGUGGUGGUCCAACGCAGCACUUCACCGUCAUCUUCAACACGUUCGUCAUGAUGACUCUGUUCAACGAAUUCAACGCCAGAAAGAUCCAUGGUCAGCGUAAUGUCUUCCAAGGAAUAUUCACCAACCCCAUCUUUUAUUCUAUCUGGAUUGGCACGUGUCUAUCGCAGGUAAUUAUCAUACAGUAUGGUAAAAUGGCGUUCAGCACGAAAGCUCUCACUUUAGAACAAUGGAUGUGGUGCCUGUUCUUCGGAGUCGGUACUCUAUUGUGGGGCCAAGUAAUUACGACUAUUCCUACACGCAAGAUUCCUAAAAUCCUUUCAUGGGGCCGCGGCCAGCCGGAUGAUAUCGGUGCGAUCAAUCUCGGAGAUGAGAAAUUCGACCCUGACUCGGAUAAAAAGCCUCGCAAGGGACAAAUUCUAUGGCUCCGUGGUCUAACACGACUACAGACACAGACGAGCAAUAGAACUCUGGUGCAGAAUGUAUCUGUGACAGGCAGAUCCCCCUCUCAGGAUUACUAUAUGGUUAGUCCGCAACUCCAAUCUCCGCACUGUUUGACCGUUCUUAAAUAUUAAUUCUUGAUUUUUUUA